UUGCUAGCAGCGCUUUUUGGACAACGAACAGCAAGGAAACUCAUCUAACCCACCUGCUGAGCAAACAAAGUUUCGCAGGGCGAUUUCUUAAAGGAAAUUGUCCCAAUAGUGCUGAUCGUUUUCUGCCUACUUGUGGGUGGGCGUUUGUUGGUAAAUAGUUGGCAUUCAUCACCGGAGACUCGAGCGGAGCGAACUCAUACGCAACGAUAAGAAACGGAAGAUAAGAACGGGAAAGGCCGGACGUCACUGAACUGAAAGCGAACGGCUAAAGCUUCUUGUGGCCUAGUGACAAUAAGCGUUAGAAAAACGUUGGGAAGGAGAAGUACCGGGCAGAAGUAAAAUGAGCAGGAAAAAUGAGACGGAGCGGCAGAAGCAGAUACAGGAAAAGUGUCAGAUGCUGCUGACCAAGAUGCUGCGGGACGAUGACAACAAGUACUGCGUCGACUGUGAUGCCAAAGGGCCCCGCUGGGCUUCCUGGAAUUUGGGCGUUUUCCUGUGCAUCCGGUGCGCCGGCAUCCACCGUAAUCUGGGCGUACACAUCAGUCGGGUGAAGUCGGUUAAUUUGGACAGCUGGACUCCGGAGCAGGUGGUCUCACUAGAACAGAUGGGUAAUUCGAGAGCUCGCGCUGUAUACGAGGCUAUGAUACCGGACGGGUUUCGUCGACCGCAGACUGACUCCGCACUCGAGAGCUUCAUCCGGGCGAAGUAUGAGCACAAAAAGUAUCUCGCGCGCGAAUGGGUUCCUCCGCCACCGCCCAAAGUGGACUGGGAUCGAGAGAUCGACGAGGAGAUCGAAAGGCAGAAGCGUAAAAAGAAGUCCAGUUCAUCGGCUGGUAGCGUAUCGGGUGGCGUGGGAUUAUCACUGUCAUCUCCCCUCGGCGCCGUUGCCGAGAAGAAGAACACCGCCUCGAGUUCGCAUUCGUCGGGCGGUACGGGCUCGUCGAUGGCAUCGGCUGGUGCGGCCUCGGUGCCAAAGUUGAAGGCACCGGCCAGUAGCACGAAGCAGUCGAGCCGGAAUUCCGGCAUAAGUAUUCCCGCCUCGGAUGGAACUUCGUCUCACACACCAAACCUCCCGAGUAACGGUGGUGCAGGGACAACAGUAGGGUCGAACGCAAGUGCCGGAGCUGAUUUGCUGGGACUUUCGCUUGGCGAGGGUAGCACCAGCAGUAGCAGUGGUAAAAUGCCAAACGGUCCACAAGCAACAAGUGCUUCAACCGUGGAACAGAACAACGGGCUGGACUUGCUGGAGCGAAAAAACACGGAAACGGACGAUCUUGCCAAGGCAGAAGCGGACUUUUUCAAUCAAUCGGGUUCCGGCGGAGGCGCGGAUAUGAGUGGAAAGUUGACAAAAGAUAAAAUUAUGGCACUAUAUGGUUCGGGCCCAGCUACAGUUGGACCAGCUAUAGGCGGCGGUUUCGGCGCAGCAGGUGGAGGAUUCGGUGGGUUUCAACAAGCUGGCAGCACAUUCCCUGCGGCUACAAAUGUUCCGGCAUCGGCCAAUUCAUUCGGUGCAUUCCAGACGUUCCCCGGAAUGAAUGGAGCUUCGACCGGUGCUGCUGGCCAAGUGCCGGUCGCAUUCCCGCUGAUGGCAGGAGGCGCCGUUUCAGGUGUGCCUCCGGGGCAUACGAUGAUGUACAGCAAUGCUCCCAUGUUCAAUCCUCAAUCGCAACCUCCGCAACCUCUCGGGAUGGUGCCACCACAGUAUGCCGGAAUGCCACCCCAGUACGUGACAAAUCCUCUCCUGCAGCAACAAAACCCUCAGCAACAGCAACAACCGCCGCUAGGGAUGGGUUUCCCGCCCAUGGCUAGUAUGCAACAGCCGGCGAUGCUUGGCGGAGUAACUGGUGUACCGGCUGCCUUUGCCAACUUUUCCAAACCCGUCCCGCAGCAGCAGCAACCAGCAGCGACCAGUGACAAACUAAGCAAUCAAUUCGGUAACAUGAAUUUGCGCGACGUGUGGCAAUAGAGUGAGCGGGGCAGUGUGUCUCUAUGUGUCAUCGGAAACAUCGGAAAUCGGCCAAAGCGUAUCCCGAAUCAGGGGCUGGAUUUUGGCCGAUUGACUUAAAACCAGCCGGCCAGCAGUUUAAUGACGAAAUUCUCCAUAUAUUGUAGCAUAUGGCAAACAAACUAUUAAGCGCGGAUAUCAGAUAUAGGGCAAUUACUUAUUUAGCAAAAGAAAUCGAAGCAACGAUACAUAAUAUUCACUCGUCGCGUCUCUACUUCGGUGUCCACUGGUGUCCAGAGAAAGGAGGGAUGGUAUCAACCUUAUUCUUUUUGAGUUUAUUCAAUCCGACUGGACAAAGUCUGAAUCUGUUGUUCUAUUGCAAUGGUUGCAAACUAUAAAGAAACGGUGCAAUGGAAGAAACUAACGAGAGAACAGGUAGGUGGUAAACAAAACAGGAAAACGUAUAAGAAAAACAAAACUAUAUAGAUUGUAAGUGCACAUAAACAUGUUAGAACGCGAACUAUAAAAGCAGCCGACAGAUGGAAACGACGUUCAGUGUUUUUUGUUUUAAUCACUACAGUUAAUACAUAGGAACGUAUUCUAAAGUAUGUCUAGCGUGGACAAAUCUGCGGCAUUAAGUGCGUUUCUAUUGAUAGAUAAUUUAAUGGUCAAUGAUAACUAAUAAUGUGCAAGGAGGGGGUUCGUACGUUAAAAUGCAAUUGUAAUCGUCUACAUCUUUAAAGUAACGAAUAGGAAAAGAAUUAGCUCAUGGCAUCGGUACAGGAACGGAAUCGGAAGGACGAGCAGGUUGAAGAAUGAAUUAGAAAGAGAAAAUUUAUAAAACUUUGUAUCUAUUAUUAUAUAUAUUUAUAUUUUAAAAGCAUGGAAUGAUACAGCAUAAGAAACCUUUCGGGGUAACUAACGCCGAAGGGCCGAUAUGAUGUUAUGGGUGGUAGGAAAGGACAGCAAAGGAUAUUUGGAAAAGUAUGCACAUUAACAGGACUGUUCGAUAGAACUUACUUUCCACGAAAUGUUUGACUACAGAUUGUAGAACGGCGGUAGAUAAAAGUGAAAAAAAUAUUUGAUUGUACUCUAGUGAAAAAGCAAAAGCAAAAAUGAAUAAAAAGUAUUUCCCCGCGGUAGCAAUCGGGUAGGCGAUAGCUAUUGCGGACAAUUAUAUUUAGUUGUGGAAAUAAAUCCAUUUAUUUUGAAAUUAUU